UUUUAUCUAUAACCUUCAUUUUUUAACCAGAUUAGGGUAUUGAAGGAGGGAAAACUCUUAGGAACCCGAAGUUAACCUGCAUAUGACACCACUGUUCUGAAGUUAAUAACUUUAGAAUUGUUGGGAGUUCUUCAGCAGGACAAAUUUAUCCAAUCCAGAUCGCAGCCGCCGUAUAUUUCCUCUAUCAGUUUUAACUGAAAAUGGCGAGAUCCAGAGAGCAAGGACGAAAACCAAAACAAAAGAAGGCAAAUAAAACUGGAGGUGUCAACAAGGCAAAGACACAAGCAGUAAAAACCAAUUUAAAGCAUAUAAAUGUAAAUAAUAAAUCAAAAACAGAAGAGGCAGAUAAAAAGUUUGACGAAAUGAGAGAAGAAAUGAUAGGCGAUGCAAAAAAAGAAGAGAAAACAGUAAAGAAUACACAGCAGAAAAAGACCUCCAGUUUAAAUCCAAGUGUCAAUAUGGAAGAUGCAACAACAGAGUUUGCCAAAUUGGGAUCUAGUGCUACUUGAAGAAGCUGUUUGAUUGGUGAAAAGGAUUGUUUUCGGAGUGAACAAUGUAUCCAAUAUCACAAUAGAAAAAAAACAACUUGCAUAAAUUGAAAUAUAUAAUAAAUAUUUUGAUACUUA